GGAUUGGUGGACUUUAGCCUAUAAUCAGAUAGAUGGAGUUUAGGGCAAGCUGUACUGGAUUGCAACUAGAGAGACAAACACAUCAUUAAAGGGAGAAGGAAAACAGGGAGGAAGCAAAAGAAAAAAUGGCUAAAUUUUUCACUCAAGAUGAAAUCCAUGAAUUCAAAGAGUGCUUCUCGCUGUAUGACAAGAAACGCAAAGGCAGGAUAUCUGCUGGAGACCUGAUCACAGUUAUGCGGUGCCUGGGUACCAGCCCGACCCCAGGAGAGGUAGACAGACACCUGCUGCAUCAUAAAAUAGAAAGAAAUGGUGAACUGGAUUUCUCAACAUUCCUUGCCAUCAUCCACCAGCAGAGGCAGCAAGAGGAUCCACGAAAGGACAUUCUGGAAGCUAUGUUGAUGACAGAUAAACAAAAACGAGGCUUCAUUACAGCCACUGAGCUGAGGACCAAGCUGACCCAACUUGGCGAGAAACUGACCAACCAGGAAGUUGAUGACCUCCUGCAAGAAGCAAAUAUCCCCCCAAAUGGGAUUGUGAAAUACGAGGACUUCAUCCACAGCAUCACUCUCCCACUCACAAAUUACUGAAUGUCCACCAAAUGAUACACUGAGGAAUCAGGAUUCCUCUGUUCAAUCUCUCCAGGUUAAAAUUAUUUACUAACUGAUCGAUUCCACUGCUAUGUAACCGAAGACCAUUUGUAAGCACAAUUACCAAGAUAAAUACAAGUAGCCCUCUUUAAAUAAAAUAGGUGUCAUGGUGGCUCAGUGGCUAGCACUGCUGCCUCACAGCAUCAGGGACCUUGGAUCAAUUCCACCCUUGGGUGACUGUCUGUGUGGAGUUUGCACAUUCUGCCCAUGUCUGUGUGCAUCUGCUCUGGUUUCCCCCCACAGUCCAAAGAUGUUGAAGUUAGGUGGAUUGGCCAGGCUAGAUUGCCCAUAAUGCCUAUGGGUGUGUAAAUUAGGUGGAUCAGACAUGGGAAAUAAAGUGUUUUGAGGGAUGGAUCUGGGUAGGAUGGACUUCAGAAGGGUGGUGUGGACUUGAUGGGCUGAAUGGCCUGUUCUCACACACUAGGGAUUCUGAGUUGAAAGAGUUCAUUUUGUCUCUCCAAGAAGUACAACACUUUCUUCUUGUUCACAGUGUCCAACUCUGUCUUAAACAGCUCAAAGGCUGUCCGUCUCUGCUACUCUGCCCAGAUUCUAGAGUCAUAGGGAUAUCCAGCACAGAAACAGACCCUUCGGUCCAACUCCUCUGUGCGAACCAGAUAUCCUAAACAAAUCUAAUCCCAUUUCCCAGCAUUUGGCCCAUAUCCCUCCAAACCCUUCCUAUUCAUACACCCAUCCAAAUUACUUUUAAAUGUAAUUGUACCAGCCUCCACCACUUCCUUUGGCAGCUCACUCCAUACAGACACCACCCUCUGUAUAUAAACUUUGCCCCUUAGAUCCCUUUUGAAUCUUUCCCCUCUCACCUUAAACCUAUGCCCCUCUAGUUUUGGACUUCCCUACCCUGGGGAAAAGACCUUGUCUGUUUAUCUUAUCCGUGCCCCUCAUGAUUUUAUGAACUUCUCUUAGAUCAACCCUCAGCCUCCAACACUCCAGGGAAAAUAGCCCCAAGCUAUUCAGCUUGUCAGCCUCUCCCUACAGAUCAAACCCUGGCAACAUACUUGUAAAUCUUUUCUGGAUAACAAAGUGUGGAGCUGGAUGAACACAGCAGGCCAAGCAGCAUUUCAGGAGCGCAAAAGCUGAUGUUUCAGGGCUAGACCCUUCAUCAGAGAUCUUUUCUGAUUUGUUUCAUGCUUAGCAAUAUCUUUCCUCAUAGAAUCCCUAUAGUGUGGAAACAGGCCAAUCGGCCCAACCUUCUACCCACCCCUCUGAAGAUCAUCUCACUCAGACCCACUCCCCCUACCUUUCCACUGUAAUCCUGCAGUUCUCAUGCCUAAUCUGUCUAACCCACACCCCCCUGGACGCUACAGGCAAUUUAGCGCAGCUAAUCCACCUAACCUGCACAUCUUCAGACUGUGGGAGAAAACCAGAGUACUUGGAGGAAACCCAUGCAGACACAGGAAGAACAUGCAAACCCCACACAGAUAGUUGCCUGAGGGUGGAAUGGAGCCUGGGUCCCUGGCACAGUGCAGCAGCAGUGCUAAUCACUGAGCCACCACACCACUCCUAUAGCAGAGAGACCAGAACUGAACACAGUAUUUAAGAGUCAACUACUUUGAUGUGGGUCUGGAGUCACAUAUAGCUAGGCUACAUAUGACAAUCCAGUAACUAUAUGCUCACCACAACCAACUUCCUAACAACAAUCCUAGCUUUGUCUUUCUGGUUGCUAUCUGUACAAGCCUUGUUCUCCUGACAUAGUUAUGAUACUAUUUCAUUAAUAUCUUAGCUGCUCCUACAGAGUUGCCUCUCAUUUGCCUCCCAUCAAGGUACAGAUUCUUGCUGUUUGCAGCUAUAAAGACAAUCUGUAAUUAUAUAGCCAUUUUAACACAGGAACCACUCCCUUGAUACUUCAUAGAAAAAUUAUCACCCAAAUGGGACAGCAAGCUACCAAAGGAGAUGUCAUUACAGGUGAGAGGUAGGUUUUAUGGUGUUUCUCAAAGGAAGUAAAGGAGGAGGGAGGAUUAGAGAUUAGGAAGAGAGUUCCACAGCUUUGUACCUUGGCAGCUGAAGACAUAACCGCUACAUACAGCACUCCAACAGGCCUUCAGAUCAACUAAUCCACUCUGACGCAUCUUUAGCUGAUCAGGGGGAGGCAAUGACUGAGUAGUGUUAUGGCUGGACUGUUAAUCCAGAGACCCAGAUAACAACCUGGGGACCUGGUUUCAAAUCCCACCAUGACAGAUGGUGGAAUUUGAACUCAAUAAAUAUCUGGAAUUAAGAAAAUAAUGCUGACAGUGAAUCCAUUGACGAUUCUCAGGAAAAACCUAUCUAGUUCAUUAAUAUCCCUUAGGGAAGGAAACUGCUAUUCUUAACAAGGCUGGCCUCCAUGUGACUCCAGACCCACAGCAAUGUGGUUGACUUGUUACUGCCCUCUGGGCAAUUAGGGAUGGGCAAUAAAUGCUGCCUGGCCAGCAAUGCCCUCAUCCAGUGAAUGAAUAAAAGGAUCCAUGACUUGCUCCCCCCCUACUUCAUGUCAUCCUUAUGGGAGACUUGUUUAUAAAUACUGUCUCCACACUGACCAGACUGGCGAGUGUCAGCAUUCCUGAAGAAAUCACUCAGCCUGUCAACUCGAAGCAAUGACAGGGAUCUUCUUGGUCUGAGCUCACUGCAAAUUUCCAGGGCUUGAGGUUUCACGAUGAGCUGCUGGGAUUGUCCCCCAGCAGGAGACAAAUUUAUUCUGAAAAGGGACUCUGGAAGUUCAUAAUGUAAAGGUAGAGCUUAUGCCAGAGACACAGAGGUGGUGGGAGGUCCCAUGGAUGAACACACAGAAUGUCCCCCCAUCCUUGGGUAAUGGGUUGCUUCAGUGAUGGAGAACUUUCAAAGGCAGUCUGCACAAGUGUGAAAGUCAUGACUCUCGUCAAUGUUCAAAACAUUAUACAUAAAUUAACUCAUUUCAUUUUGUGUGUCAUUGUAACCUGAAAUAUUUUGAAAACUUUUGCAAAUAAAGAUGAUUUGGUCAACUGUA